AUGGAGGCGGGGACGCUAAAGACAGGCCGACGCUGCGGCGACACGGAGGGAGGGUACGCCCGAGGCGCGCCGUUCUCUCCGCCGGGAGCGGCCCGCCUGUGGCAGAAGUGGCCCCCUGUGCUGCGCCGCGGCCGUAAUUUCCCACAAACGAGCGGCGCCUUUUGUGCGGCCGCGACCCCUGACCUUCGGCACGCGGCAGCCGCCGGCGCAUUGUCUGCGCGCGCCUACCGCCCGGGCGGAGUCGCUUCGCGGAUCGCCAGUAAUUAUCCGAAAAGUAGCGGUGGUAGUAGCAGCAGCAGCAGCAGCAGCGACAAAUGUCGAGGACUGAAAGCUACCGCCACCUGCCAAGUACUCGCCGCUUCUGCGCUCACAUCGAACAACAAGCGGUCGCUCGGUGAAGAACAGAAACGGAGAAGAGUGUUCGACCGGCUGCGGCGGGCGGGCGGCGGGUCGGCGCUGGAGAAGCUGCGCGCCGUAGCGGGCGACGCGCAGGCGCCGGGACUGGCGCUCGGCGCCGCGGACGCGGCGGCGCUGCAGGCCGAGGUGAGCGUCGUCUUCCACUGCGCCGCCAGCGUCAGCUUCCGCCAGCCGCUGGCCGCCGCCCUGCUGCUCAACGUGCGCGGCACCAGGGAGGUCGCGCUGCUCGCCACGCGCAUGCGCCGCCUGCAGGCAUUUGUGCAUGUCUCAACAGCAUACAGUAACUGUGACCAUAAAGCACCACAAGAAAUUGUGUAUCCUGCCCGUGGCAACUACAUGAAACUAAUAGAACUUGCAGAGAAUAUGGAUCCUGAAAAUCUUGAGAAACUGACUCCAGAGUUGCUGGGAAAUCUACCCAACACAUAUGUUUACACAAAAUCACUUGCUGAAAACGUGAUAAAUGACUUUAGAGACUUGUUACCAGUGGCAAUACUUAGACCGUCAAUAGUUUGUCCUGCCUUGAAAGACCCCUUCCCAGGAUGGGUGGAUACCCAUAAUGGACCUAUGGGAUUAUUAAUUGGAGCUUCCUCGGGAAUCCUGCGGUCAUUGCGAGGUGACGGUAACAUGCAUACUGAUCUUCUGCCAGUGGACUUUGUUGCCAAUUCUCUGAUAGCAGCUGCAUGGGACACAGCUGUCAACAAGUGGUGUAAAAUGCCAGUAUACAACUGUACAACAAGUUCAGAUAUGCCAGUGACAUGGAAUGAACUUGUAAAGAUUGGACAAGAUCUGUACACACAGUUUCCCUCCCCAAAGAUGCUGUGGUACCCCAGUGGAGCCAUUCAUCGAAACUGUAUUGUGUACAUCAUAUGUCUUGUCCUGUUCCAGUUUCUACCAGCAAUCAUUGUUGAUGCGGCAUUUGUACUUUCUGGGAAGAAACCAUGGUUAUUUAAACUACAAAAGAAAAUAUAUGAAGCUGGAGAGAAUGUGAAAUAUUUCAUUCUUAAUGAGUGGUCAUUUCCAAACCAGAAUCUUAAAGACCUUCAGCACAGGCUAAAUAAACAUGACCAGCAGCAAUUUAGUUUUGAUGCAACAAGGAUUGACAUAUCUGAUUACAUAAAACUGUGGGUACUUGGUUAUAGGAGGUUCAUAUUAAACCUGGAUGAUGCCAGUAUCACAAAAGCAAAAUUGAAACUGAGAAGGCUGUAUAUAAUUCACUUAGUGGCAAAAAUUGCACUUUGUUUAAUCCUUUCAUGGAUUGCAGUGCAUUUAUGCUUUAAAUUGAGAUGAUUUAAUAUGGCAGGACACCAGC